CGAACCACGUCGUCUAACGAUAGCAGUUCUUGUCUGGUUCAAGCGUUCUAUUAAACACUCUCUCGGCUCAGUCUCGCACUUUCAGUGGUAAUCCCACAACCAUGUCGCUCAUCCCAAGCUGGUUCGGCGGCCGCCGCAGCAACGUGUUCGACCCUUUCUCGGCCGACCUAUGGGACCCCUUCAAGGACUUCCCUUUCCCUUCCUCGUCCCUCUCCGCCUCCAAUUUCCCCCAAACAUUCCGGGAAAACACCGCUUUUGUGAACACGAGGAUCGACUGGAAGGAGACCCCGGAAGCCCACGUGUUCAAGGCGGAUCUCCCCGGGCUCAAGAAAGAGGAGGUCAAGGUGGAGAUCGAGGACGACCGGGUGCUCCAGAUAAGCGGCAAGAGGAACGUGGAGAAGGAGGACAAGAACGACACGUGGCACCGGGUGGAGAGGAGCAGCGGGAGUUUCAUGAGGAGGUUCAGGUUGCCCGAGAGCGCAAGGAUGGAUCAGGUGAAGGCGUCGAUGGAGAACGGGGUGCUGACCGUCACGGUGCCCAAGGUGGAGGAGAAGAAGCCUGAGGUCAAGGCCAUCGAGAUCUCCGGUUGAGAGUUGGGCGAAUCUAUGGUCCCCGUUGCGAAUUGUGUGUGUGUAUACAUAGAGCUGAGUGUCUGUGUUUAUGCUGUGUUCUGGUGUGGGUUUUGUUUCGUCUUGAGUUGUCGGGAGACUUGGUCCUCCUCUAGUGUCUGAUAUGGCCCUGUAUUGUCCUACUAUGACUCUUUACUGGUAAUGAGAUUCGAGGUUGAAAGAA